AUAUGGUCCUGGCUGUUAGACGAUCUCAUCGUUUCAUUUCAUCCUCACAUUUUUGUUUCUUUUCAAUUCAAUGGCACUUUCUACUUCGAAAAUAGUUCCCACCACCAACAAAAUUGCUCGAGAACUCGAUGAAAUUUACAAGGACCUUCAUGAGCUUGACUUUGCUAUUCAAGUGCCUAAGAUCCUAGCCAAGAAGAAUAGCCUGCAAAGGGAAAAACAAAUAUCCGUUGAUCCAAUUUCAUUACGAGAAUCAUCCAUGGGAGAAAUAAGUUUCAACAUGAUGUUACCACCUCAAGCUGAAACUGAUUACCCUCUUCCACCCCCUUUGCUCCCCGCAAAGCACAAGUUCUUAAGUUGCAGCCUUCCAAACUCCGCGACUUCUUCCCCUCGAUUCGGCUCGAGGAAGAACUUGAAAAACGAAAGCCAAGCGUUGCCUCAACAGGUUGACAAGUUGGUCAAUAAGAACCCAUCACUUCAAAACACGACGUUUUGGAGAAGCAAGUCAUGUGGAGAUGGAAGAACAUAUGGACCACCAGAUGAACUUGAUGAUCUAUGGAUGUACAAGCAUCAUAGGCAUGGAGGUUUAAUCUCCAAACCCAAUGUUAACAAUGAGGAAAUGGAUGGUAGUAAUGAAGUUGACUUCAAAUGCGGUGCCCUUUGCCUGUUGCUACCAGGAUUUACCAAGGCAAAGCAAGUAAGGCCAAGAAAAAGAGAACCUAUGGUGAAGGAGAAUAAUGUGAACGUGAUAUCCAGAACAGUUUCCCUUGAAAAGUUUGAAUGUGGAUCAUGGGCUUCAUCAACAAUAAUACCAGACCAUGAUGUUGGUGAUCUAUACUUUGAUCUUCCAUUGGAGUUGAUCAAUAACCUUGGGAAUGAUGCACAUUUACCGGUUUCAACUGCUUUUGUGUUCGAUAAUAAAGAUGUAAAAGGGGUAUUGAAGAAUGGUUCAAAUCAAACAAGAUCAACAACAACAGGAGGCAGGAAAUCCCAUGAAUCAUCAUCUCGGCAUGUUAGGUUUUCGACGUCAUCCCCAACAUCGUACCCUGCUUCACCGGCUUCUUGCAUUACGCCUCGUUUACGUAAAGCUAGGGACGAUUUUAAUGCUUUCUUAGAGGCAUGAAAUUUUUCUAUACUCGAAUUUUGUUCUUUAACACUGUGUAUGAAUUUUUUUUUUCGGUCCCUCUUUUGUUUGCCGUUGAGGCAUUGCCCCCCAAGAAAAUAAAACUUUAUGCAAUAGGAACCCAAUGAUUUUAGAAGACGAGACCUACGCGAU